CCUAUAUCAAUCACAGUUUUCUUCCCACUAAGACUACUCUGUUUUCUUUCUCCCUCUCUCUGUCUUCCCUCCUCUGUUUCUCUCUCUCGCUCUAGCUUUCACACAUUUGUUAAUGCAAUGGCAGUUGAGUGCUUGAAAACCCUAGAUCACCAAAAAGAAGAUGAUCAUAGGCCACUAGUCUUCGAUGCUUCAUUGCUCCGGUACCAAACUGACAUACCUAAACAGUUCAUUUGGCCCGACGAUGAAAAGCCAUGUCCUAACACACCUGAACUGCAAGUCCCACUAAUAGACUUAGGUGACUUCCUCUCCGGAAACCCUGAGGCCGCAGUGAAAGCCUCGAGGCUUGUCGGAGAAGCCUGUGAAAAGCAUGGCUUCUUUCUCGUCGUGAAUCACGGCGUUAAGGAAAGCCUCAUAGCUGAUGCACACCAAUCCAUGGACGACUUCUUUGGUUUGCCCCUCUCUGAAAAACAGAGGGCUCAGAGAAAAGCCGGCGAGCACUGCGGCUACGCCAGUAGCUUCACCGGAAGGUUCUCGUCAAAACUUCCCUGGAAAGAAACCCUGUCGUUUCGAUACACCGCGGAUCCGAUCUCCUCCAGCGUUGUUAAAGAUUACCUCUGCAAUGCCAUGGGAGAAGACUUCCAAAAAUUCGGAAGAGUGUAUCAAGAUUAUAGUGAGGCCAUGAGCACACUUUCCAUAGGGAUCAUGGAGCUUUUAGGAAUGAGCCUUGGCGUGGGCAGAACACAUUUCAAGGAAUUUUUCGGAGACAAUGAUUCGAUAAUGAGAUUGAACUAUUACCCACCAUGCCAGAAACCAGAUCAGACUUUAGGCACUGGACCUCAUUGUGAUCCAACUUCUUUAACCAUUCUUCACCAAGAUCAAGUGGGGGGACUUCAAGUGUUUGUCGACGAAGAAUGGCGCUCGAUCACCCCGAAUUUAAACGCCUUUGUUGUUAACAUUGGUGACACCUUCAUGGCUCUUUCAAACGGGAGGUACAAGAGUUGCUUACACAGGGCAGUAGUGAACAGCAUAACCCCAAGGAAAUCACUAGCGUUUUUCUUGUGUCCGAGAGAUGAUAAAAUGGUGAAGCCACCGAGAGGGUUGGUGGAUAGUUCGUGCCCGAGAAUAUAUCCAGAUUUCACAUGGCCGAUGUUGCUGGAGUUCACGCAGAAGCAUUAUAGAGCCGACAUGAAGACCCUGCAAGCCUUCACAAACUGGCUUCAAGAACAGAAGAGCAGCUGAAGACUUUUAUCUAAAACAGGAACUUGGGUUCCACAUGGGUCUUUCAGUCCUCUGCCAAACCUAAGAAAAUGACAUUAUCGGACGGAGGUGGUGGUAGGCCUGGGAAUUUUGCUUAAACUUCGAUGCAAAAGAGUUGAGACAAGAGGCAAAGUUGGAGGAAAAGCCACUCUUUUUUUCUUUUCUUUUUUCUUAGAGUACUGUUCCGACUCUGGUAAAUUAGGCAGUUCUUAAUUAGGAGAAGAACAGAAAGAAGGACAAAAUGGGACAUAAGGAACCAAUAAACAAGAGCUCGGUUCAGUCUUCUUUUUUGUAUUUUACU